CUCUGCACUGGACGGAUAUACGGGCGGAAAGACAGAGAGACAGACAGACUGACGGGCAGAAAGACAGACGGAGAGACAAUAGAAAAGUAGACAGACAAGCAGAAGGACAGACAGAAAGGCUGUAUCGUCCUGCCGGGGAUUCGAACAAGCGACUUUCAGCGUGUGCAGCUGCAGGGAUGGCACUGGCGCUGGGGAGAGGUCUAUCGCUCUUCAUGUUGGUCAGCAUGUCUGUUUGUCUGUCAGUCUGUCUGCCAGUGGCUACCGUUCCGGGAAAGAUGUUGGAAACCAUCAAGACUCUAAGGCUACAACAUCCACAGAAAGGCCAGUCAUCCAGCGGGUUCGUCUUCUCCAGAGAUACACUCAACAAGAUGGAUGAUGGAGAUAAGAGGGUUGUGCUUGGGAAGGUGUUGGAGGUUUACGACAAGCUGUUUGAUCAGAUGUUGAGUCAGCCGCCAACCGACAGCCAAUCAGAGGAGAAUAAAACAGAGGAAGCUGGGAUCCGGUACCUCCAGGAGAUGGUUACACUGCUGAGGAGAACCCAGUACAAGAAACACCUGCUGCUCACCAGCACACUGGAGCAACUGGGCAACAUACAGAUCAAUAACUCUGUAGUGCAGAGCAAGGCAUUGUGGGAGCUGCCUUGGCUGUUCGACGAAGCAAGCUCAUUGGCCGAGAGGAAGAGGAGGAGCCUACGACGCCGACGGGCGCCCAGGAAGAGGGCGCAGCGCUCCCAUGUGCUAGCUAAAUUUAGGAGGGCUAUGUGAUUAUUUUAUACUUUUGUAAACGUUUUUAUCUGGCUCGGGUGGUUCAAUAUUUAAAGUAUUUGAAUAUUUAUUUAUAAUUGU